GCGGCCGCACCAUGAGCCACGGGCCGAGCCCGCGCCUGGCCGAGUCCCCGCAGCUGUCCAAGGGCAGCCUGCUCACCAUCCUGGGCAGCCCGGUGCCGCCGGAGCGCAGCGGGGACUCGCUGCCGCCCACGCCGCCCAGCGGCACGCCCUCGCCGGGGCCGCUGCCGCCGCCGCCGCUGCCCCUGCCCCUGCCCCCGGCGCCCCCGCUGCUGGCCGACGGCGACUGGGAGAGCCGCGAGGAGCUGCGGCUGCGGGAGCUGGAGGAGGCGCGCGCGCGCGCGGCGCAGAUGGAGAAGACGAUGCGCUGGUGGUCGGACUGUACGGCCAACUGGCGGGAGAAGUGGAGCAAGGUGCGCGCCGAGCGGAACCGCGCGCGCGAGGAGGUGCGCCAGCUGCGCCAGCGCCUGGACGCGCUCACCAAGGAGCUGGCGGGCGCGCGGCGCGAGCGCCAGGAGGCGCAGGGAGAGUGCGAGGCGCGGGGCCGCGAGCUGGCGCGGCUGCGGGGCGCCAGCGACGGGCCCGCGACGGAGCCCGAGACGGAGCACGAGCCGGUGCGCGACGUCGGGUCGGAGAGGCCCCAAGGCAGCCAGGAGCUGGAGCUGGACGCCCUGCUGAAGAGCAGAGCAGAGGAGCCAGACGGCGGCUGGGAGGUGAGCGGGCUUGGGGCCGGGGCCCGCCGGGGCAGCACAGGCCGCCUGGAGAGAAGCCGGUUGCCAUGGGAGGACACUGUGGCCACUGAGGAGGACACCUCCAAGCUGACCGCCCUGCGGCUGCGGCUAGAUGAGUCCCAGAAGGUGCUGCUGAAGGAGCGCGAGGAUAAGCUGGCCCUGAGCAGGAGCAUCGAGAAGCUGGAGGGGGAGCUCAGUCAGUGGAAGAUCAAGUACGAGGAGCUGAGUAAGGCCAAGCAGGAGAUGCUCAAGCAGCUGAGCAUCCUGAAGGAGGCCCACCAGGACGAGCUGGGCCGCAUGUCUGAGGACCUGGAGGACGAGCUGGGAGCCCGGUCCAGCAUGGACAGGAAGAUGGCCGAGCUGAGGGGUGAGAUGGAGCGGCUGCAGGCGGAGAACGCGGCCGAGUGGGGUCGCCGCGAGCGGCUGGAAACCGAGAAGCUGGGCCUGGAGCGGGAGACCAAGAAGCUGCGGGCGCAGGUUGGGGAUCUGGAGGAGGCGCUGGCCCGCCGGCGGCGGCAGGCCACCAGCGCCCUAGACUGUGACCUGCGCGCCAGCCAGGCCGCACUCUUCGAGAAGAACAAGGAGCUGGCAGACCUGAAGCACGUGCACGGCAAGCUGAAGAAGCAGCUGCAGGAAAAGGUGGCUGAGCUGGCACAUGCCAACCGGCGGGUGGAGCAGCACGAGGCCGAGGUGAAGAAGCUGCGGCUCCGGGUGGAGGAGCUCAAGAAGGAGCUGGCCCAGGCUGAAGACGAGCUGGACGAGGCCCACAACCAGGCACGCAAGCUGCAGCGGUCGCUGGACGAGCAGACGGAGCACGGCGAGAACCUGCAGGUGCAGCUGGAGCAUCUGCAGUCCAGGCUCCGCCGGCAGCAGCAGAAUGCCCCGCUCUUUGGGAAGAUCCGCGGCGCGCGCUUUGGCAGCGAGGAGGCCGCAGACGGAGCCAGCGACCUGGACGAGGAUGAGGACCUGCAGCUCCAGGUGGCCUGAGCACCCCCUUCACCGACCCCCGUCCCGUACCC